AUGUCGGUGCGCCUGGUGAUUGCGCUGCUUUUUGCGGCUGCUACUGCCGAGGACUGCGAAGAUGGGUGGACGGUUUCUAAAGUGGCGGGCAGUUGCUACAAGAUGAUCAACGGGCAAAGCUUUUGGGACGCGGAGGCGGAAUGUGCGCUGGACGGUGCGCAUUUGACGUCGAUCCUCACCGAUGAGGAGAACCAGUUUAUCGAUGAUAUGGUCAACACCAAGAUCCCAGGCAAAGAGAUUUGGGUCGGCGGAUAUUUGAUGACGAAGGCCAAGACGCAGUUUCACUGGAUGGACGAGACGCCGAUGGACAUGAACAGUGUCAUUUGGAAAAAGGCCGGUCAGCCUGAUAUACAAAAUAGCAAUGGCAGCCUCGAACAGGGAUUUUGUGACGCAUUGUACAAGGGUAUCUGCAAGCGUCCUAUCGGCCAGGUGGCGCCAAAAUUGGAGACACCGCUGUGCGACGAAGGGUGGGAGGGAUCGAAGUGGGAGCGGAAGUGCUAUAAGUUGACCCCCGCGUCAAAGAGUGGCGCCGCUAAUGAGUACUGCCUUGGAUUAAACGCUACACUCGCGUCCGCUAAUUCUUUCCUGGAGAAAGAGUUUAUUCUAGAAAAAGCCAAGUCGGUUGAGAAGGAUACAGACACAUGGCUGGGUGCGAAGCGGGGCGCCGACGGUGUCUUUACCUGGAACGACGGAUCGAAAUGGGAGACGGGCUAUUGGAAUUCGGAUCUACCUGAGAAACCGGACAACACAAAGAACUGUCUGCUGGUAUGCAACCAUCUGUGGUCGGCUACCGCGCAUCGUUAUUUCCCCGGGGAUUGCAACACGGAGCACAUGGGAAUGUGCAAGAAGCCCGGAAACCCGAAGCCGAGCGCCUUUGCCGCGGAUAAAUGCGAGCAGGGAUGGCUGACCUCGUUGGGCAGUAAGAGUUGCUACAAGAUGGUUGACGGUACGACCUUCUGGGCUGCCGAGGGGAAAUGCGUGGAAGAAGGAGCACAUUUGACGUCCAUUCUGACCGACGAGGAGAACCAGGCGAUUUAUGGUCUAAUGCAGAAGAACAUUCCAAACUACGAUGCUUGGGUUGGCGGAAUUUUGAUGACCAGGGGAGAUAACACGCAGAUCUAUUGGAUGGAUGGGACACCAGUGGAUCCGAAUAUGGGUCUCUGGAAGGGCAUCCCGCCUAAAUAUGACAUGGAGAGAUUCUGCGUUCAGAAAAAUAAGGACGGUGUCAUGCAGCAAAGCCUUUGCGGCGCUCAACUCAAAGGGAUUUGCAAGCGACCGAUCGGACAUGCGCCGGUCCCACUGGUGAAACCGGUCUGCGAUGAGGGGUGGAAGGGCUCAAAGUUUACCGGAAGUUGCUAUAAAUUGACCGGCAAAAUCACGAAGAGUGGCGAUGCAUGGGAAGAGGCUUUGCUGUUGAUGCUCAGCCAGCUUCG